UCGGUCAAACACAAGCCCCUCCCCUAGCUCAGACUGCGGAGCGCUCCGGGACCAGGACCCAAGGAUUCUGGACUUUGUUGCUUGGAGGGUGUGAUUGAUCAGGAUAAACGGAACCGAUCAGCUGAUCGAUGUCCCGGCUGCUGGAGAGCAGGAGGGAGAAGGACAGGAUGAAGGAGACCAGCCUGAAGAACAAGGAGAAGGAGCGCCUGAAGGAGCGCGAGAAGGAGACGAGAGAGCGGGAGGCGCGUUCCAGCAGCGGUCACCUCUUCACCUCGCUGAGCGUGUCGGCCACCACGCUCUGCUCAUCCUGCAACAAGAGCAUCACAGCCAAGGAGGCGUUGAGCUGUCCAGGAUGCAACGUCACUAUUCACAACCGCUGCAGGGACAGCGUGGCUAGCUGUGCUAAGAUGAAGCAGAGGCAACAGAAGCUGACUCUGGUCAGAAAUAAUUCAGCUCUACAGAAUGUCGCCCUGCGGACCAAAACUCCAAUGAUGAAGGAACGUCCAAGCUCAGCCAUUUAUCCCUCAGACACGCUGCGCCAGUCCCUGCUAGGAUCCAGGCGGGUUCGGUCCGGCCUUACUCUUGCCAAAAGUGUUUCCACCAAUAACAUCGCAGGGGGGACGGAGGAAGUUGUGGGUCUCCGUAGGAUUCUGUCUCAGUCCACAGAGUCUCUGAACUUCCGCAACAGAACUUUAUCCAUGGAGUCUCUCACAGAUGAAGCGGAUUGGUGGUGGAACCCCCUGCUGGAGGAGCUGCAGAAGGAGGGCUGCUGCAUUUCGGCCGACAGCUGGAGUCUGGCGGUGGACUCUAAGUUCUUGCAGACGCUUCAUAAAGACACCAUCAAGCAGCAGGAUGUCAUUUACGAGCUCAUCCAGACCGAGUUCCAUCAUGUCCGGACGUUGAGGAUCAUGGAGGGAGUUUACCGCAGAGGGAUGCAGGAGGAAGUGAUGCUGGAAGCGGGCGUGGUCCACACCAUCUUUCCCUGUCUGGACCAGCUGCUGGAGUUCCACUCCAGCUUCCUGUCACAGCUGCUGGACCGGAGGAAGGAGGGGCUGAUGGAGGGAAGCUCCAACAACUUCACCGUCCGCCGGCUGGGAGACCUGCUGCUGAGACAGUUUUCAGGUCAGUGCGCAGAAGACAUGAAGAAACUUUACUCCGAGUUCUGCAGCCGCCAUCCUAAAGCCGUAAAACUCUACAAAGAAGUUUUAAAUCGAGACCGGAGGCUGCAGCAGUUCAUACGGCGGGUCUGUCGCGGUCCUCUGCUGCGUCGUCAUGGCGUCCAGGAGUGCAUCCUGCUGGUGACCCAGCGGCUCACAAAAUACCCGGUUCUGAUCCAGAGAAUCCUGGACAACACUAAAGGUUGCCCUGAGGAGCUGCAGGACCUGGAGAAAGCCUUGACCCUCCUGAAGGAACUGAUCGGCUCAGUGGACCAGGAGGUCCUAGAACUGGACCGGAACCGGAGGCUGCAGGAGAUCCAGGCUCGUUUGGACCCGCGAGCCCAGGCUGAGGUGAAGGGAGGCGGAGCCUUCAGGGGAGGGGAGCUGCUGAGGAGGAAGCUACUCCAUGAGGGGACGCUCACCUGGAAGGUUCAGGGCUCCCGGAUGAAAGAUGUGCAGGUCCUGCUGAUGUCAGACAUCUUAGUUUUUCUCCAGGAGAAAGACCAAAAGUUCACCUUCGCAUCACUGGAAAAGUCUCCUGUGGUCUCCCUCACCAAACUGAUCGUCAGAGAAGUAGCCAAUCAGGAGAAAGGGAUGUACCUGAUCAGUGACUCCACCCCUCCAGAGAUGUACGAGGUGUACGCUUCAUCGAAAGACGACAGGAAGACCUGGAUGAGCUGCAUCCAGAAGGCUGCUCAGAGUUCCGCAGCCGACAUUCAGCAGAAGGACAAGGAGGUUCUGGAGCUCCUGCAGGAGCGCGCCACCUUGUUCUCUGACCUGGUGCAGGCGACAGCGCGAGGAGAGGCUGGGGAAGAGAAAAGCGUGGAGGUGAAGCCCCCCUCCUCCAACAGGAACCUGUUCAGAGCCGACACUCCUCACGCUCCCAAAGCCGAGCCGCUUCUACUUGCCGCCAUCGGGGAAGUCGACAAACUGGCGGCACUGCUCACCGACUCCAGCACGCAGAAAUCCUCCGUAACCAACGGCAACCAGGACAUCCGCAACGGCGACUCUGGUUCCAUCAACGGUUCGUUUAAACUGAACAGCAGCUCUUCAAAGGUAAAGAUCCUCCUCAGCAGAACCAGCUGGGUUCUGAUCAGCUCUCCCUCUGAAGUGCGGCAGCGGCUGGUCACUCUGAGCACGCAGCUUCACGCCCUGCAGGCUGCAGUGAUCCGCCAGGAUUCGAUCCUAGAACUGACUGGCAAUGGGGGUCCGACCCCUCCCGCCGCCCCGGGCUCCGCCCCUGGCCCCCGCCUGGUUCGGUCGAUGUCCAGGGAUGCAGCACUAGACGCCAGUGGGGAGGCGGUGCUUCUGCGGCGGCAAGUAGAGCUCCUUCAGGAGGAGCUGUCACGGCUGCGAGUAAAGGCAGAGGAGUGCAACAAGAAAGGGGGGGGUUCGGGCAAGAAGAAGAAGAAGAACAAAGGAAAAGGUGACGCCAACAAGGACCAACAGGUCAACAAGAAGGCAGAGGAGCCGGAGCCACAACCUUUCGCCCCAUUGGCCAUCGAGGAUCCUGUCGACCAGUUGGACGGCCUGGAGGAGGGAAAUGAGGAGGAGGAAGAGGAGGUGAUGAAGAUCUCUCCACGCUCCGACAGCCCCAGAGACCUGCAGGACAUCCCGGAGGAGAUUGAGAGCUAACCUCCCGGCUCCGCCGUGGACCUGGCCCGCGUGACGUGGUCAAUGAUGUCGCCGUUGCUGCCAGAGAUCCGCUGACUGUCGGACUUUUUUCCUUGAACUUUGUUUUUUAAUUUUCUGUUGGAUACAGGAAGUAUAACCAUGAGACCUGUUUACGACAUCAUGUCUGCUGGAAGGGAGGGGAGGGCGGGGGGUGAUAGAGAGGGAGGGGCUUUAAAAGGCUGAGGUUAUUUCUGAUUGGAGGCCUGGUUUCAGGGCAGGUGGGCGGAGUUUGUGUGUUUCAGUCCAAAGUCUAGAGUCUGCUUCAGAAAAUCACUUCAGGACAUUAGUCCUGCUGAUGUCUGCUGAAAUCUGCUGGGAGGAUUCUGGGAGGAUUCCUGGGAACCGCUGGGAUAAUUCCUGUUGAUAUCUGAAGGAUUCCUGGGAACUGCCGGGAUGAUUCCUGUUGAUCUCUGAAGGAAUCCUGGGAACCUUUCUAGUAAUUCCCAGGAAGUCCUGAUAAGAUUUCAUAAAAAUAACUGAGAGGAAUGCUGGGAAUUACUGGAAACGUACCUUGGGACUCUCUUAAAGAAUUUUUGGGAAUCAGUAGGAGGAUUCCCUGGAAUCUCUGGUAAGAUUCAAUGGAAUCCCUGAGAGGAAUUCCUGGUGAGAUUCCUGACAAUCUCUAGUUGGGUACCUUUGGGAUAUCUGGAAUGAAUCCUGGGAACCACUGGGAUGAUUCCUUUUAAUCUCUGGAGGAUUCCUACGAACCUUCCUAGUAAUUCCCAGGAAUCCCUGUUAAGACUUCAUGGAAUCCCUAAGAGGACUCCUGGGAAUUACUGGAAAGGUACCUUGGGACUCUGUAAAAGAAUUUUUGGGACUCAGUAGGAGGAUUCCCUGGAAUCUUUGGUAAGAUUCAAUGGAAUCCCUGAGAGGAAUCACUGGUGAGAUUCUUGCCAAUUUCUAGUAGGGUACCUUUGGGAUAUCUGGGAUGAAUCCUGGGAAUUACUGGGAGGAUUCCUAGAAAAUUCAUUCUAGAUUGAUAGGAGCCUUUAUGAAGGUACCUUUGGGAUCUCUGGGAUGAAUCCUGGGAACUGAUGGGAUGAUUCCUUUUAAUCUCUGGAGGAUUCCUGGGAACCUUCCUAGUAAUUCCAAGGAAGCCUUGUUAAGACUUCAUGGAAUCCCUAAGAGAAAUCCUGGGAAUUACUAGUAAGGUACCUUGAGACUCUCUGAAAGAAUUUUGGGAAAUCAGUAGGAGGAUUCCCUGGAAUCUCUGGUAAGAUUCAAGAUUCAAUGGAAUCCCUGAGAGGAAUCACUAGUGAGAUUCCUGACAAUGUCUAGUUGUGUACCUUUGGGAUAUCUAGGAUGAAUCCUGGAAAUUACUGGGAAGAUUCCUAGAAAAUUCUUUCAAGAUUGAUAGGAGCCUUUAUGAAGGUACCUUUGGGAUCUCUGGGAGGAUUCCUGGGAACUGAUGGGAUGAUUCCUUUUAAUCUCUGGAGGAUUCCUGGGAACCUUCCUAGUAAUUCCCAGGAAGCCUUGUUAAGACUUCAUGGAAUCCCUAAGAGGAAUCCUGGGAAUUACUAGUAAGGUACCUUGAGACUCUCUAAAAGAUUGUUUGGGAAUGAGUAGGAGGAUUCCCUGGAAUCUCUGGUAAGAUUCAAAAUUCAAUGGAAUCCCUGAGAGGAAUUCCUGA